AUGGAAUCGAAUGAUACGAUCGAUGAUUCGGUUAAUAAAUUUAACCCGGUUUUAGAUAGCAUUAGUCAUACCACUGAUGAAUCCAAAGAGGAAAUACAAACCGAUUGUAAAAAUUAUUACAAUAAUGCCAAAAAAUAUUGGUCGAACGUGUCACCUACGGUGGAUGGAAUGCUCGGAGGAUUUGGAAGUAUAUCCUUCAUCGACAUCCGUGGUUCAGAACAAUUCUUAAAGCAUAUCUACAAGCAAAAAUCAAAUCCCGGAAGUCGUAGAGCAUUGGACUGCGGAGCGGGCAUUGGAAGAAUUAGCAAGAACUUACUGCUGCCCAUGUUCGAGCAAGUAGAUCUGGUAGAACAAGAUGAAAUUUUCUGCCAAACAGCACGAAUCGAACUGGCGGAUUUCGGUUCAAAACUCGGUACAGUGUUUAACGCGGGAUUACAAGACUUUACUCCGGAAGAGGAUCGGUACGACAUUAUAUGGAUUCAGUGGGUGCUUGGCCAUUUAACGGAUGAGGAUGUUGUUCAGUUUUUUACACGUUGCGCAAAAGGACUUGCCCGUGGAGGAAUGAUUGUAAUAAAAGAUAACUUUACCACUGGCAACGAAGUUGACGUCGAUACUCAAGAUUCUUCGGUUACAAGACCUUUGCUACUGAUGAAACAAUUGUUAAAACUUGGACAUAUGCGCGUCGUAAAAGAGCAACGUCAAUCAAGCUUUCCGAAAGAACUCUACCCUGUGUACAUGUUGGCGUUACGACCAACGAUAAAGAAAUAA